CGCAGAGUUGAGUAGAGCUGUGAGGAGAAUCAGCUCCUCAGUGCCAAUCGAGCCGUACUCGUUCGUGGUCGUCGCGUCGGCAGCAGCUGGCGAGCGAAGCGAGCGCGCACACACAUACUACCCAGCAGUGACGUGAGACAACAACAAACUGAUCAUUUAAAAUGUGAACUGUUUAUUAAAAAUUUCAAAGUGGCGCCGCGCUCGCAAAAUCGAUUAUACACACUGACAGAGAGCUGGUGAACAGGACUAGAACUACUUUAGUACUCCGCAGUCGUUGCUCAGCCGCCUCCUCAGCCAACUCCUCAGUACUCCUCAGACGGGUGGCGUGCUGUGCUGUGCUGUGCCAACCUCAGCACGAGUAGAGCACGACUCACUCACACCAACACGGCAGAACAGUGUUCCUUACAUGUAGCAAGAUCCGCGCCAUGAUUACUGCAUAAAGAAUGAAACAAGACUUUAAAUUUCAUCGCAGUUAUUGGCAGGAUCACAGACAUGGGAAGUGAGCAUUACUGCCUGAGGUGGAACAAUCAUCAAAGCAAUCUGUUAGGUGUGUUCAGUCAGCUGCUGCAGGACGAGAGUUUGGUCGACGUCACUUUGGCCUGCUCGGAAGGGCUUUCCAUACGCGCCCACAAGGUAGUGCUGUCGGCGUGUUCGUCGUACUUCCGGUCGCUGUUCGUAGACCAUCCGAACCGCCACCCGAUCGUGAUCCUGAAGGACGUGUGCUUCGCCGAGCUGCGCACCCUCGUCGAGUUCAUGUACAGAGGCGAGGUCAACAUCGAGUACUGCCAACUGUCAGCCCUCCUCAAAACCGCUGAAAGUCUCAAGGUCAAAGGACUCGCCGAGAUGACGCAUCUUAGAUCAGCUGAUGCAGACGACUCAACAGACGCACGCUCACGCGACGAACGUAGCGGUGGCGGUGGCGGAGGUGCCGACACGCGAACGACGAUUUCCGCCGCCGACGACGUACGACCUCCCCCGCAACAGAUGUCACCGUCACCGCCUCCGAGCAGCACUACUGCCUCCGCGACCGCUACCGCUCCACCGCAACCGCCUCCAGCCGUGACCGCACUGUCACUGAAGCGGCCACCGCCCGCCGACUCGGAAUCGCCACCGCCCCCACGACAACCGCCUUCGCCGCAGCUCAACGUAACCGCCGCCGACAUGGACAACAACACAAUGGACGAGACCAUGACGCCCGACCAGAGUCGCUCACCUGAGCCGCGCUGCGACGAUGAUGACAGCCGCUCGUCCAUGCAGAGCAGCGGCCCCAGUGACAUGACCUACCGCUCCGCCCCUCUGCCUCCACUGCCCCCACACUCGCCGCUCGCCGGCCCGUCUGGAAUGCCGCCCGUUCAGCAAGUGCCCCUUUCGCUCAAAAAAGAAGUGGACUGGGAUAGGAACGACGACAAAAGCACGACCGGGGAGAGUUCAUCAGACUACAGGCACCCUCACGAUCCAGAGGUGUGCUUGGUGGAAGGCGUGUAUGCACCUCACUCUCGCUGUAUGCCGUUCGACCAGCUGAGCGGCAGCAGCAGUCGCUCGUCAACCCCGUUUGGGGCCCCUUGGGGGGCGCUGCUGCCCCCCGGGGGCGGUGACUCUCCCUCCGGCCACCCUGUCUCGCUAUUCGGUCUGCUGCAACACCAGGGCAUGCUCAUCGAACACCUACUGCCGUCCGCUGGCGCUGCCGGCGAUAGUGAGCCUGGCACUCUAAGAUGUCCAAUCUGCCUGGCGGGUUUCCCAUCGCCGUGGCUGCUAGAACAACACACAGCACUGCAGCACGCGGGUCAAAUCCCGCGAGGCGUGCUUCCCGCGCUGGGCAGUCCCGCGUCCACCUCCGAAUCAGGCUCGACGGCCGGCGGCGACGAGAAGCCCUUCCGCUGCGACCAGUGCGGCCAGAGCUACCGCUACCGCUCAUCCUAUCUCAAGCACCGCGAACAGAACCACCGCGCGCGGCUGCCCGCCGACAAACUGUUCACCUGUGACGUGUGCGGAAUGCAGUUCCGCUACCUCAAGUCAUUCAAGAAGCACAGGUUGAAUCAUGCGCUGGAACGAUUACACAACCCGUUCCACAGACCGGCGGCGGCGGGGGCGGGAGCUGGAGGGGCGGCAGUGGCCUCCGACUACAGCAUGACAACGGGAGGCCGUGGAGGCAGCGGCAGGGAGGCGUCGGGGGCGGCAGCCGGAGGCAGCAGUCGCUCAGACGAGGUCACCAGCAGCUCAUCCAACGAGACGGCCACGGGGGCAGGGCGGGGUGGCGAGGGACAGUCCCCUUACGCACCGCCUCCACCCGAUCAGGAUGACACCGUCGACUCGCUCGCUCUGUCCAUGGAGAAUAUGGAUGGAUCAGAGAGGUCGCUGAUCAACCUGCUGCGGCUGGGCGUGGAGUCGGACCUGCGUCACCGGCAGCCGGAGCGGCGCUCGUUCCCGUGCCCGUUCUGCGGCAAAGUGGUGCGCUCCAAGGAGAACCUGAAGCUGCACGUUCGCAAGCACACCGGCGAACGGCCGUUCGGCUGUCUGUUCUGUGGCCGCGCGUUCGGCGGCAAGAGCGACCUGACGCGUCACCUGCGCAUCCACACCGGCGAACGGCCCUACCACUGCGAGAUGUGCGGCAAAUGCUUCGCGCGCGCCGACUAUCUGUCCAAGCAUCUCACCACCCACAUACACAACUCGCAUUCGCACGCGCACCACCAACGUUAACUGCGCUCUCCGCUAGCCAAUCUCCCUCCCUCCCAUUCUUAACCGUUACUUAACGUCUAGAUAGCUAAUUCACUCCCGUCGUCGUCGUCUAAUGUAAUCGUUUGUGGUGCUCCCAUCAAAUUAUUCGAAUACUUUCGACAGUGUUGACAAUUGAAUGAUUUACAAUGUGGGGCUUUCAUUGUACUAUUGAUGUUAUAGAUUAGUUGACAGUUGAAGCAAUGUGGGGUUUUCAUUGUAGGUACUAUUGAUAUGAUGCGGUAGUUGACAGUUGAAGUAGUUGCAAUGUGGGGUUGAGGUUUUAAUUGUAUUUGGAACAGUUCUGGGUGAAUGUUUUGUGUAUCUUCUUCAUGUCAAUAUCAAGAUCAGGUGACAAUUAUUCACUUUUGGGAUCAAAGCAGUUUUAGGUGAAAGUCCGUUUGGAAUCUUCUAACCAUUGUAACGUAUCCUCUGUUCAUUCAUUGAUUGAUUGAAUUAUAACCUUUUCAAUUUGAAAAAAUAAUUGGGAAACGAUCAACAAUAAUAUUGAUGAAAUAUUACUCUGAAAACUUCAAAUAAGAAGUAACUCAAGAAACAUUUCUGGGAAAACUAUUUGUCAAUAAUGUACGGUACUGUUUUUCCAUUAACAGGAAAGGAAAUUUGAUAAAUCCAAGGAAUGAACCUCAGCUUCCAAUAAAUAUUAAAUAUUCUCUUUUCCGAAAAUUUAUGUAGUUAACUUUCACACCCAGUGUAAAUCUGUUUGAACAAAGCAUAGAGGUAUUUAGUCUCUUGUUGGAAUUAAGAUGAAUGAACUAUAUAAACAUGUUCAUUCUAUUCAAUAAGAUAAGAGUGAAAUAAGUGGGCAAUGAGUAAUUGUGGAGAAGAUAUACAACAUUAAAAAUUGGAAAAAAAUUAUAUUUCUAAUAACAACACAUUAUAAAAUGAGUAUAAUUUUAUCCUAUAAAUGAUAGGAUCGAUUAGCUGAAUUCUAUAGGAUGGGAACUGAAUAUCUGUGGUUGACAUGGAUAGACAAAUAUAUUAAAACAUAUACCGUCACUAAAGAAAGUGCUGCUCCAUUAUUAACUGUGAUUCAUCAAGUAGAACUUUGAAAUACUCCAUGACAGAACGUCGGCUUGAGAAAUCAACCAAUCAAUCGAGAACUUGAAUGAUUGAACUGAGUUUAACUGAUUCGUAUUAUAUUGAUGGGAGCAUUAUAGAUGAACCAAUUUCUUAAUAACUGCGAUAGUUAAGGUGAUGUGUUUUUUAAUAAAUUAUUACUAAUUUAGGUGUAUUAUUUAGCGAAGAAACGAAUAAAUAAAUUGAGGAUCAAAUUGAUGAACAAGUAAUGUUAUCGUGAAGCAUAUUUUAGAAAAGGAACUGUCGAGUUCUAACUCCUCAUUCGAAAUAAUAAAAAAUGCAUGAAAAGUGUGGUAUAUAAUAGUAUUUGGACUCAAACGUACUGAUUUUCAAUAACAAAUCAGUGCUGUAAUAGAAUGUUUUGCAUUUUUAUAUGUAUUAAGUAAAAGGUUUUGGUACGAGAAUUAAUUGCAUUGUGAUAUGAUAGGAGUAUUAAAUAAAUUGAAACAUGUUAUUUAUUUAGUAAAUGGCUCAACUGCAAUUUUUGAAACGAGAAGUCUGUUCAGGGUGAAAACUGCUCUCUGAACGUUUAGCUCAUCAUUUUUUGAUGUAAAUGAGAACAACGUUUUAAUUUUUAUGACAAGAAAGGAUUUUUUAAAGAAGAGCUUUGUGGCGUAUUACAUCUUGAACGGUCACCUCAAUUACAUUGCGAUCGAAAAUAUUACUCUCAACUAAUUUUUAAGGAAGGUGGAUAAGUUUAAUACUCGGAUUAUUGUGAUCUGUGGGUGGUGAGAUCUUCAGUGAGUUGGAACUCCUCCUCAUAGAAAAACGGCGCUGUUUGAUUCCAACAAUAGUUUUAAAGAUAAGCAACGUUGAUAUCUACCUCUGUUUAACACAAAUUCAGCUCUACCUCUUGUUAUUAGUUAUAAAGUUUGUUCACAAAAUCAGUGGCUAGUAGCGCAUGGCUCAACCAAUAAUUUAUUGUGAAGAAUUGAUGCCACUCAAAAAUUUUCUUAUUAUUGAAUGACGAAUAAUGUGAACUAAGUAAAUUCAAUAGUACAAAAGUCAUACUAAACAGUAUGCAAGAGUAACCUCAUUGAUUGACAAACAAAACUUUAGAAAUUAGAUACUAUUUUUUCCAAUUUCUGUCCAGUAUUUAGCUAUGCAAAGCAAAAUGUUUACAAAAUUAAACUUAUUCAAAGUGCAAAUUAAACGAAACAUUCAUACAAAUCUAGGUGUUACUAUAUUAUAACAAUAUUACCUCUUUCAGACUAAACUUAGGCUCUUAUUUUUGUAUACAUACAUUCAAGGAUAAUGAUUUAUCACAUGUGAUAAUGAAAUCUCCGUACAAAAAUUGUUUUAAAACGCUUUGAAACUAUUAAUGAACAAUAGAAAAUGUAUUUUAGAAAGACUUUCACUUGCUUUCAAUUAUUGUACUGAUUUCUCUUGCCAAAUAUAUAUGAUGUUCCUGAAUGAAUAGCCAUUGAGUAGUUGAAAGACGAGAAUCAACUCACGCGUCUAUUAAUUAUGGAAGAUCGAUCUUUCAAUAAUGAAUCGAUUCUAAAUGAGAAUUAACUUCUCUAAUGAAAGUUGCAUUCUUUAUUUAUGCAAGAUGCACAUUGAAUAGCAUUGUGCAAUGACCAAUCUGUUUCUUAUAAUUUUCAACUCAACUGUUUACUGUAUUUUCAGAUGUAAAAUCAUCUAUCCAAAAUAAGAAGUGAAUUUUGUAUUUGUUUAUGAAUAUUUGUCAUCUAGGUAGUCUCUGAUGAAUUUAAUAACUACCAAAAGUCAAAAUAUUCCUCACUAUUAAUCUCCGAUGAUAUAUUAUUGUUGAUGAUGAUUGGAAGCAAGUGAACGGUCAUUGCAAUAUCACCUCAUUUAUAUAGCCUACUUAAAUAAAUAUAACUUACUCGAUAUACCUCCAUUUUUUAUAAUACGUCACUGAAUCCAGGAAUAUGAGAAUCCAUGAAUAGAAUUCAGCAAUGAAUUCCAUUGAAAAUAUGAUUUUACAAAUAGCUCAUUAGUAAUAACAACUCAGUAAUUAUUGAGCUGUUCAGGAAUACCUCAAAAUACUCUUAUAUUAUAAAGUCAGGGUUAAUUUUGAUCGUAAAAUGAUUUGAGUGAAUUGUUGGCAUCCCAACUACUAUAUUGGUAUUUCUCUUUACAAAAUUAGUAAUUUCAUCAAUAAUAUAAUAAUCUUCUUUUCUAUUUCAUCGAAAUUGCCGUUGUGGAUGGAAUACAUUUUUAUUGAAUUAGGUACCUGUGUCUGAUUCCAGUUCUCUUGAAAUAUAAUCUAUUGAUGAGGACACUGAAUUCAAAGAAGUAUAUUUUCAUUAUAUUAUUAAUUUAUCGUACCAGAGGCAGCUCUGAUAUUAAUCAAUAUUCUAAUGGUUUUUCUGUAGAACCAACUGCCUAUUACUGCCAUAACCACACUGAUUGUGGUACAACUUGGUAAAAUCCUACCUCUUACAUUGAACACUCUUUGUAAAAAAUGUAUUUGAAUAUAUAUGAAUGCAAUUAUUAAUUGAUUUUGGAAUACAAGUGAUUUUUGGGUUGAAAUUCGAUAAUACGCCAUUUAGUACGGUAGCGAUUUUUAUGAUACAAUUGCUUCUUGUAUGGACAGAAAAAUUGUUACUAUUCUCGACAAUUCUAUCCUUUAAUAUACUUCAUCAAUCAUUCGAAGAUUGUUUAUGAUUGCAUAGUGAAUCUUAAAAAUCAAUUUAUUUCCUUUUUCGACAUUAAAAGAAUAAUUGAGUGAAUAAUAAUCAAUUAAAUUCUAUUAAUAGUUAAUACGGUAAAUAUGCUACCUGGACGAUUGAAUUAGAUUUUUCUAGCAAUAUAAAUAAGAUUUUUUUACUCUUUGUUGAAUAAAAGCAAGAACGGUCUCAUCCGAGUAAUCUUAAGCAACAAGAACAAGAAACUUGUUACUUCCAAGUAGUAACAAGAACUUUGAUCCAGAUUUAAUUCAUUUCCAUCAAAAGUAAGUUAAGAAAUGUAGUCUUAAAUUAUUUCUUAUCUUUUUAAGAUUUGUGAUUGAUGGAUUUCAUAUUGCCUACUUUUGUUUUUUUUUUACUAAUAAAAUAAAUUAGAUCUUAAUGAAUAAUAUGAAAAACUAUAUAAUGUUCACUACCCACUCAUUGUGAUAAUUAUUUCUAUAUAAUUCGGAGAGUAACUUUUUUUGUCCAAACAACAUUAUGCAAUUGAUUAAUUGAAUAGAAUAUAAAUUUUGUACUGACAAGAAAGUCUUAGAAUGGGAAUGUAAUGUGAUCAAAUGUAUUUAAUAGGAAUGUAAGAACAGUUACCAAACAAACUUUUUUGUUUGAUCUUCAUUUGAUUUUAUGAGUGUUAAAUAUAUUGAUGUCUAUAAUACUCUCCUCGAAAUAGCAGAAACUUAAAAAACAAUAAUAAAUGUUACAUCAGUCAGUGCAUCAAUAUGUAGUAAGUACUUGUUGGAGGGAAUCUAUAUGUAAACAGAACUUGUGAACUCAAUUUGUAUGGAUAAUCCACAUAGGAACAAAACGAAUGUGAUAAAGAUUAGAUUGUGAUGAAAGCUUGACAAUUAAGUAUGAGAUUUUAUGGUCACGUUAGGGUUAGAUAGCUAAUUUAUUAUGUUAUUUAUUUCUGCACAUUUUUUAAGCAACAUUAGCUUGCUAGUAUACACAAAUUUUCAUCCUAACUUCUCAAUAAAAUAAUAGAAUAUCCAUUAUUUCCUAUCAUUAGAAGCAUACUAUUGCAUAAUAUGUAUCUUGAAACUCUGAUGUUUUGUACACUUUGAAUCAGAGUUGACUUAAAUUGUAUAGAUUUCUAAGACAUCUAUAUUUUUCUGUGAUAUGUUCUACUUUCUUACAUCUACAUUAUUCUAAUACCUCAAGUAGUAAUGAUAUUUCUCGAUUUUUCAUGCACUAAGCUUCUAAAAAGAUUGGAAGGGUUUAAUGUAACUAAAAAGUGAACCAAUAUUGUAAAACUCUUAGUUGAUUCAAUGAUUAUUUCAAAAUAUUAUGAGUAUUUACAAUUUAUUUUUGAUAACUUCUAAUCACUCUUCAACAAUAGCUUAAUAAAAGGUUCCGUUUUUAUGGAUUUGUUUUUCGAGAGACCAUAAGUUAGAGAUAGGUAGAGAAAAUCGAAAUGGGUGAUAUUUUUGUAAGGCUAGGAUAGGAUGCGUCGUCGGUGAUAGGACAUUAUUGUGUUAGAAAUGAGGUGUGGUGAAAGUCACUGCACCUUAGACAUUAGACAAGUGCUUCCUUGAUAUCAAUUAUGUAAUUGGGAGUGAUACGACGUAGAGUUGUUCUACUCAGAAAUAAUAUGUGAUAUUUGUUAUGGAAAGCAGAAAUUCAUUUGAGAAGGGGUUUACAAUGACUGCACUAGCACUAAUAUUUGUAAAAAUAAAGCUGUAAAUACUAUAUUUAUACAUAUGUGUAUAAAAUAAUUAUAAAUAAAUUAAUAGUUAUAUAUAUACAUAGAUUAAAAACAUUUGUGAUAAAGUAAAUUUAUAAAUGCCAUAUAAUAUACUAAUGUUGCCAUAUUUUAACAAACAAAAAAAAGAACAAACUCAUGAAGAAUAUUCAAAAGAUGAUCCCUGACUUAAUCAUAUUGAGCAAUGGUGUUGGGAAUGUCUACUACAUUCAGAAAAAUGAAAGCAAUUGAAGACUGAUAGAAAUGGACAUAGUGAUACAAACAUUAUUUAUCCUAUCAAUGAUAAUUAUCAAUUAUUAUUAUUAUUAUUAUUAUUGAUCUCCAAAAUCCUAAUCGAUACAGUAAAAACAUGUAUUGGAGGGAUUCGAUCAUUUGAAUAAACUUCAUGCUCACUAUUCUUUUUCUCACUUCUUCUCUAAGUAAUAAUAUUGGGAUUGAAUGUCCACUGAAUUUGCUGGCUCUUCUAAUCAAAGUUUCAGUUCACGAAUUUUUUAUAUUCUAUUUCUAUACCUUGAUUAAUAACCAUCUAAAUAAUAAUAAGAAAAUUUGCAGAUAUGUACGUCAUGAUAAUUUUUAUAUAGCCUAUUGUUUAAUCAGUUUAUGUAAAGAAAGUAUAUAAUUCACAUCUGUUCUAUUGGUGCUAUAUAAUUACAGGGAACUUAAAGUUCUUUUUUUAAAUACUGUAAAGUAGUAAGCUACUUGUUACAAUUGUUUAUCAGGCUAUGUGAUGUAGGAAUCUUUAUGGAUUAAAAUAAUGUUUUUUAUGUAAGUAGAGUUGUGGUACAUCUCCUAUUUUGUUGUAUGGAAAGACUCGAUUGAUACAUUGAGAUAAUUAUAUAGUUUUGAACAGUUACUUAAUAAUAAUUCAUCAAGGCUCUAUUUGAAACAAUUCUAGCUGAAAAAUAGUUUUCAGUUUAAAACUUUUUUUGGACUGGCGAUUCAAGCUUGAAAAAAUGAGUUUUUAAUAUAAAUAUUAUAAAUUCGAAAGAAUAUUAUGAGUUUGGUACUUGAAGAUCCUCACAAGUAGGAAUACGUUAUUAUUUUUUAUUUGUAAAAUUUCAGAGAGUUCCUCUUACUCCUUCCUCUUAUUCUCACUCAUGUUUCACUAUUCAUUAACAGGUUUCAUUUUCAUGUAGUCAUUUGAAACUCAUGCACAGUCAAAGCAAAAGGGAAAGGUCAGUAGUCUUGCAGUCCAAAGAUAAUAUCACUGAUCACUUAUCUCUGUUUUUUAUGCUUGCUUUAGUAUUCCACUGUGUAUGUGGAAGUACUAUAUCACUUCUUCAAACUUGUUAUACGUCUUGCUGUACCAAGUAUGGUGCCUCUGUAGGCAUUGUGAAUACUGGAAUAUACCCAAUCACUAUUAUCGAGCACUGUGAAAUAUCAUCGAUUGGGACACGACUUUCCAAUAAUCUUCUCCCACUCUAUGUUCACAUGCCUUUUUUCAAUGGUGAACUUCCAAUUGAUGAGUGCCAUAUCAGUUUUUUUCAAUUCAGUAUGAUCUACCAAUUUAAAUUAUAAAAUCUUAUGAACUUUAUCGUCAAUAAGCCUCAAACCUAACGAAUACCGUACGUUGAGGAUAACCCUCCUCUUUGGUGAAAUCCAAAGCUGUUCCAAAAAUAAUAUAUCUCAAUUCGGUUUAAAUAAGAGUCAUCUAAUUGAAUUAAGAUAGUUUUUCAUUCAUAUUUGUAUGAGAAUUAUUGUUGUAUUUAAUAAUGAGAAUAUUUUGAAAAGGGUAGAAAUUUUUUUUCAUCGAUCGCGAUGCAACUUGAAAUUUGAUUAAUCAAUCCUGUCAUCUUUUUAAUUCACAAAUCAAUAAUAUAUAAUCAUAUAGAUAGACCUAUCUAUUAGAAAGUCCUGUUAUACCCACAAGUUUCCAUGGAAAUUCCAAGAUUAUUCUUAUUCCUUUCAAUUAUUAUUUUACUUCUUCCAGAUGGCACUUUCAUUUGAAGAUGCCUCCUCACAUCACACAUAUUAUUUCCUUAUAUUGAGAGGAUUUUUCGAACAUCACUAUCUUAUUUAUAUAUGUUACUUGUAAAUGAUUCUAUAUUAAGCAUAUUACCGGUGAAUUGAUCAUGAAAUCUUUUCAUUCAAGCUUGUUGCCUGAUCCUUUACUGAGUAAUACUGAAUUUCAAUUGGGAGUAGAUGGUUUUUGAGAAGAUGAAAUAAUUAUGACUUUAGAUGUCUGAUAAAAAUUUAUUAUUUUCAUUGCGGUCAAGUAGGCUACUGUAUCACAUUUGUUUAUUUUUUAAGUCUCUUAUUUUAUUUAUUUUCAAGGUUAAAAAUAUUAAAAUUCUUAUAACAACGAAAAAAUGUCCUCUUGAAUAUACAUUCAUACUUGUUAUCGUUGGAACUUGUGCAAUACUUGAUAAUAAAUAAUAUGAUUAACACAAUUGGAAUUUGUUGGCUGUUGAGAGUGCGCUCAGUAGAUGGAAAAGUUAUAAAUAAAUGUUUUUCAAUAAGGAAAGUUCAAAAACAGGAAGCAGAAUAAUUUUUUCUGGUUUCCUAUUGAAUAUGUUAUGUAAGAAAAGUUCAUGGAGCAUGUGUGGAAAUUUUUAGUAAGGGUAAUUUUUAACAAAACUCUUGAUAUUCUAAGUGGUCUAUAUGUCUCUUAAAACACGCUACCUUACAAACCUUUUGCAAUAUUUAAAUGUAAUGGCGACAUUAAUUGUUAUAGCAAUUUCUAUUCUUGUAAUACGGUAAUGAUUGUGCAAUGAAUCAUCUAUAACUACUGUACCACAUCUAUAGAGAGCUCCGAUUGUUUCUGUGUCUCUGUUUCAAUCGAUAUUAUGAUCAUUGAUUACAACUCUGAUCGACAAUGAACUUAUUGAAAAUAAUGUAACAAUAUCCUCUACAGUGUGCACAUUGUCUUGCGAUUUGUUGUGAUAUAAAUAUGUUAAAUAUAAAUAUUUAAUAAUUAUAAUCGAUGUUAGUAUCAGAUUUGAAUUUAAAUGUCAGUUGAAACUUUUAAUAUCUGUGUAUCUUAAUAGUGAUAAAAAUAUUCAAUGAAACUCCAUUUUAUUAUUAAUGAUAUUUGAAUAUACGGUAAUUGAGAAUUGACAUGUUUAGCUUAAUGGUAACAAAUUUGUUCUAGGUUAUAGAUCGAUUAACUGUUUUAAAGUUUUAUUACUAUUAACAAUAACUUAGGAUUAAUAAAUGAAUUAAGCUGAAGCUGUUCUAAUAAUAAUCCAGCCGAGGCUGACAGUCGGACAUGUCAAACGCUGAGCCGAGCCGAUAGGAUAAGUGAUAGAAAUACAACAAACCGUGAUGAUAGACAGAGAGAGAGUGAGUGAUCGAUGGCACGCGGUGUGGCAGUUCGACCGAUAAGUCUUUCAAAAUGUUGGUCGAUAGGUCGGUCAGCUUCCGACCACAGAUUCAUUAAUAGCAAUAUUCUUCUAUAAUAAAAUAAGUCAGUCCAUAAAAAAUGUGUAUCCUCCUUGGGUCAAACACUAUAAAACUUCUGAAAAUGCAGCCGCAUAAGAGUAGUUGAACUUUUUCUCCCGACUGAACCAUCUAUAACAUUUUUUAUAAAGAAACACAUAAUAGAACCCACUUCAAAGGCGGAUAAUGUAGAGUAUGUUCCAAAUAGAGCUCUCAAUAGAGGAUCUCAAUAAAUACAUAAGCAUAAUAAGUAGCGUAAAUUUUCAAAUUUGAUCACCUUUUUAUUUUCUUGCAGAUAAAUUAUUAAAUAAACAAAUAAAAUGUGAAUAGAAAUGAAAUAUAAAAUAGUUUUUUUCAAAUUGUUAAAAGCCAUCAAAUGUUUUUGUAAUCAGCGCAAAUAUGACCGAAAAGUUUCUUAAGCUUUCAUCAACUUACCUGUGCAUACUGAUAGCCUAGCCACAGGUGAGGUACCGUAAUUAAUUUUAUAUAUUUGGAUGUGCUAAACACAAAAUAAGAUGUUUAGAAAUAGCAUUUUCCUAUCUAUAAAAUAUGUUAAAAAGAUGAUUGGAAUUAAUUCAAGUAGGAACUUUUACUUCGAUUUCUCAGUCUUUUAAAUUGGUCUUUUUAUUAUAUAAUUGGUCAACAAAUGUUAACCUUUAACAAGGUUGGAAUGUAUAUGUUUAAAAAAAACCGAUAACUUGCCUGAUCCUUAUGUUUCCAGUUUCAUAAAAUUAGAAUUAUUGGUCUAAUAUUUGUUUUUUAAUACACGGAUACCUCGGUAGUUUACAAUGUAGCACAACAUUUUAGAACUCUUUCUAUUUCACAUUCCUUUUGAAUUGAUUAUAAAUUAAUAAAUAAAUCGCAAAUGCAGUAACGUAGUCUGCUUUACCUUAGAUGUUCAUUUACUGAUCAAAAUCUAUUACAUUUUUGCGGAUUACCUUCAUGCAUGAUGCAUUUAUCAUGCAUAAAUUAUCAUCUAUGUCAUUAUGGAAGAAUAUUUCUAUUAUUGCAAUCUGUUUUUCCGACUCUGGGACAAAUUUUGCAGGGUUAGUCGAUUUCGCAGACCAAAAUACCCUAUAUCCUGCAACUUUGUUCUGCUGAAAUAAAUGAGCUACGAUGUGAUUUACCUGGCCUUGUGUAGGGGAAGGAGGUUUAGCGAUAAAACAAUUUUUUACAAUCCAGAUUUUAGUGAGACGAGCGAGAGAAAGAAUGAUUGAGUGCGCAAACGUCGCACUUUAGGCUAGUGUGUGAUAAGCAUAAAGUAACACGUCGCGUCAAGAAGGCAAUAAAAUUCGCUGAGUUUUGAAUGUGUACACUCUACAGAAGUAGGAUCCAAUGUUGAAAUUUUGAGUCAAAUUAUCCUCCAACGAUUUUGAAGAUUGAUUGUGAAUUUCUAGGGCGUGCUUAUAGACUUCUUCAAGAUCCAAUUUUGUGAUGUGAGAGUGUGAUGAAUGAUGAAAGGUAUAAUCUUAAUUCAUCUACUAUACUUACUUCUCUCUCACACAAGUUUAGAUCUGAGGAGCUAUUAACAUUGCUGAAAUUUUCUCCAACGGAGAUGAUAGAAAUCAAUUCGAGUCUAAGAAUGAAUAUAAUUAUCCUAAAUAAUUUAGGCUGGAUCUGAAUUGUUAGACUAGCCUGGUUAGGAAUCGGAAUAGAGUAGCCAGAAGCGAUAAAAUGGGAAAUUGGAAAAAUAUUCACGAAAAGAUUUCUAAGUCCAAAAAAAUUAUAAUUCUUGGAGUAAGAUAAGAGCCUGCAUGUCUUCUCUCACGAUCCUGAGAACAAGAGACGUUCAUCUCAACGCUCAUUGACAGUGGAAAUGCAAUAAUAGAUUAUAAAAAAUAAGCACACAAACCAUAGCCUAUAAUCCAUAGUUUGUGCUCACAUUGGUAUUGAUCUCCAAGGUAGUGUACGCAUUCAAUGACUCGACAAAAUUUCAUGUAAAACAACUUGUUUUCAUUGUUUCUACUACCUCAUUUUAAUAACAUAAUUUAUUCAACUUAUAAAAUAUUUUUACAAUUACGAUAAUACUAUCUUUAUCUUAUGUAGCAAAGAUCUUAUUUACUGUUUAGUGUAGCAAAGUUAUUUAUUUGAAAUGUAUUAUUUAUUUUUAUAUUGAUUAUCUGUACAGCUAUACAUUCAAAUGAAAAUUGAAGCACAUCUGGCAAUCCAAACGCAUUCAACAAAGUAAUGAUCCAAAUCUUCAACAAAUCCCACAAGUUGAUUUUACGCGAUUAUAUUCCACGAGGAUUUUUCUGGAUUUAAAAACAAAAUUAGAAGAAAAAAUGUAAAAGUAUUGAAAAAUAUACUUGAUACUCCAAUAAUAGAACAUUGCGAAAUCUCCUAAAGUCUACUAUUAAUGAUAGUGAGUCUCUUUCCUUUUAUUCCGAUUUAUAAUAGUUAUUCUAUUAAACAAUCAUUGAUCCCAAUACCAGAUAGUGAAGAUUGUUCGACAGAAAAUACACAGCUUGUUAUGCUCUGGAUUGACAGUUGCUACAAUAUUAAUUAUUCUAUCAAACUGAGUUCGUAUUUUGUUUUGUUAUCAUGUUCUUUCUGAUCAAAGCAUAGAAAAACUUAAUUCAGCAGGUUGUUGAUUUUAUGGCUAAACAGUUAUGUUAAAACAAUAUGUGUUAUAAAGUAAAUUAUCGAAAUAAAUUUGAUGUACUGUUUGUUCCAAUGUGAUUUGAUUACAAGAUAAGAAAUAAA